ACUGGAAAAAUACUUAACAUCUACUUUUCCUUUGUUCUUUCAGGAAGCAGCUGUAUUUGUUCUAGAAAAAAAGCUAUUGGAAAAGUAUUCUAAGCAAGAAAAAGAAUUAAUUUUGAGCAUUUUAAAAAAAGGCGUUGCAAACUUAACACGACUGCGUCAUCCAAGUAUCUUAACUGUGCAGCAUUCACUAGAAGAGUCUAGAGAGAGUUUAGCUUUUGCAACUGAACCAGUUUUUGCAAGCUUGGCAAAUAUUUUAGGUUACCAAGAAAAUAUGCCAGUUCCUCCUCCAAAGUCCCUUAAAGAUUUUGAGCUGUAUGAUGUUGAAAUAAAAUAUGGAUUUUUGCAGCUAACAGAAGGCUUAGCAUUUUUACAUAAUGAUGUGAAAAUGAUACAUGGAAAUAUAAAUCCAGAGUCAAUAUUAGUAAACAGAAAUGGAGCUUGGAAACUUGCAGGUUUUGAUUUCAGCACGCAGUUCUCAAAUAGUACAGAUUCUCAGGGAGAACAGUUUAGUUUUGGAGAAAUAGAGAUUGAAAUGCCUCCUCCCUGUCACCCUAACCUUGAUUAUGUAGCUCCUGAACGCAUCCUAGGAUGCUCAAACUGUGCAGCGAGUGAUAUGUUUUCUGUUGGAGCUCUUUUUUAUGCUGUACACAACCAGGGAAAGUCUCUACUAAUGAAUUCUGGCUGCAGCUUAUCAACUAUUAAACAGAACUUCAACCAUCUAAAGAAUCUUUCUCCAAAUCCAUUCAAUUGUUUACCCCCAGAAAGUAGAGACCAUGUGAGAAUGCUUUUGAAUGCAACUGCCGAAUUGCGUCCAGAUGCUUAUCAAACAUCAAAACUUCCUAUGUUUGAAGAUGUUGGUGUUAAAACUCUACAAUAUCUCGAUUCUCUCUACCAAUGGGAUAAUUUACAAAAAUCUCAAUUCUAUAAAGGUUUGCCUCAAAUUCUUUCCAAAAUGCCAAAGCGAGUGACUUUGCACCGUGUGAUACCAUGUUUAGCUAAAGAAUAUCAUACACCAGAGAUGGUGCCAUUUGUAUUGCCAAAUGUUUUGCUUGUGGCAGAAGAGGCAACAAAAGAAGAAUUUCAGUCACUUAUUUUACAAGAUAUGAUUCCUUUAUUUAGGCUUCAGGAACCUAUUCAGGUGACAUUGAUUUUCAUGCAAAAAAUGGAACUUCUUUUAUCUAAAUGUCCUCAAGUUGUCAUUUCUAAUCACGUAUUGCCAAUGAUAUAUAGAGCUCUUGAAUCUGAUGCUCAGCAGAUACAGGAGCUGUGCUUGAGCAUCAUACCCAAGUUUGCUAGCCUUAUAGAGUAUGCAGCUAUGAAAAAUGCUCUUUUACCCAGGAUCAAAAAAUUAUGCAUCAGUACUAGCUAUUUAUCAGUUCGAGUAAACUGUCUAGUCUGUUUGGGAAAACUACUUGAACAUUUAGAUAAAUGGCUUGUAUUAGAUGAAAUUUUGCCCUUUUUACCACAGAUACCUUCUAAAGAACCUGCUGUUUUAAUGGGAAUAUUAGGUAUUUUAAAGCUCACAAUGACUCAUAAGAAACUAGGCAUCACAAAAGAGAUAAUGGCUACCAAAAUCAUACCUUUUAUUAUGCCUCUCUCUAUUGAAAAUGGACUUACACUAAACCAGUUCAAUGCAAUUAUGUCUGUUGUGAAAGAGAUGGUCAAUUAUGUUGAAGCAGAGCACAAAACAAAAUUGGAACAGCUCAAUUCCAUUCGUCAAGAACACAGCUCUACACUGGAAAUGACUCAUGUAGUGCCCGGUAACCAAAAUCUUGUUCCUGACUUCUCGCAAGGAGGAGAGAAACAUGUUGCUGAUGAUCUGUUCCAGAAUUUGGGAUUGUCUUCUUUCGGCAGUCGUUAUGAAAACCCCAAAUCUCCCAAUAAUUCAACCAGUAUUUUAGGAAAGGAAUUACAGAUGGAAAAAACACAUAAAAAAGCAUCCUCUAUGUCCUUAGAAGAAAAAAAGACACUCUCGUGGAACCAAGAGCAGUAUCAAAAAUGGAAUUCAACAGGUGGACGAGGAGAGCCAUUAGUUUUAUCUCAUGAUGCAACUUCGUCUCUAAUUGAUUCCAACCUCAAAAAAUUUUGCUCAGUUAAACCAACAGAUUCUCAGUCAUCACUUCCAUUUUGUUCCUCUCCUAACAUUCCAAAUAAUUGGCCUUCUAAUUUUGGCACUUCCUCUUCCCAGCAGCCAUUAUCUUUAGUCAGUAACUUUUCAUCACCAAUGUUAAACCCAACUAGCUCAACACGCUUACCUUUCCAAAAUGUUACUCCUACUAUUACUGGAAGUAUGGACCUGCGUUCCCUUGACAGUCUACUUCCGAACUUAGGAGGUAGAUCAUCUUUAACUUUAUCACAAUUAAGUGGGUCUAGCAUAAAACAGAAUAAUUCUGUUGCAUCCAAAAUUCCUUCCCCACCUUGCUACAGCAUUCCUACGAACAACACUGCAAAGAAUGAAUUAGAUGAUCUUCUAGGAUAGCAGUUUUUUAAACGAUAAUGCUUUUUCUAAAUUUUCAAUUCAUAUGUCAUUAAUAUUAUUCAGCAAUGAAACUUUUUUUUUUUUUUUUUUCUUAUUCCCUGAGCUAAGAGAAGUCUCUUUUCUUUUAUAUGUGAUAAACAAGCUGCAUUGCAUUUAAAAGCUGCACAGUCAACAAAAUAAAUUUUUCAUAUUGAUAUUGUCUACAGAGACUUGUUUCUGUUUUUACUUUGUAACAUAUAUAUAGCAGAAUACAUAUUCCUUACAUUCCCAGACAAAUUUCCAUUAUGAAAUUCAUUUGUUGGAUGUAAUCUGAGCAUUUUAAUUGUAAAUUGAAGUGAAUGUGUUAAGAGAGAUUGUAUAUGUUCAUUAAGAAAGCAGGUGUUGAAAUAUUAAGUCUUAGAACUGUGAUGACUAUUUUGAUAAGCAUUAUAUUUUGAAAAUAUAUGUAGAUUUAAGACAUAUGGAACUUUAUUGUAUUUGUCCAUAACAACUGUGAUAUUAAAUUGUUAUUGUGACAGUA